AGCGGAAGUCAGGAGGUUGUCGGAUUCUGACAGCAGCGGCUCCGUUAGCUUGGAGAAGUGAGGUGGUGCGGCGCUGGGCUGGCAGUAUUGUCCGCCACAGGUGGAUUUCCUGCGUGUGUCGGCCGGAGCUGAGCAGACCCAGCGCUUGGCCGAAUUUCAGAAUGACUGACACUUCUGAAGCUGUUCCAAAUUUUGAAGAGAUGUUUGCCAGUCGAUUCACAGAAGAUGACAAAGAGUACCAGGAAUACCUGAAACAGCCUCCCCAGACCCCUCCAAUUGUCGAGGAAUGGAAUAGCAGAGCUGGUGGGAACCAAAGAAACAGAGGCAAUCGGUUGCAAGAUAACAGACAGUUUAGAGGUAGAGAUAACAGACGGGGGUGGCCAAGUGACAAUCGAUCCAAUCAAUGGCAUGGACGAUCCUGGGGUAACAAUUACCCACAGCACAGACAAGAACCUUACCACUCCCACCAGUAUGGACACUAUGGUUACAACCAACGGCCUCCCUAUGGUUACUACUGAUGGAAAUGCCGGCAGCUUUUAGUAAAAUCAUUGACUGUGUUGACAAAACUUUGUGUAUCUUCUGUUGGUCAUAAUUUUACAUCUAACUUUACAGAAUGGAUUAUUAUUUUGGAACUCGACUAUUUAAAAAAAAAUUAGAUCUUACUAGAGAGAUGUGAUGGUUGCUGGGAAUAAAUACUCCCCUAAAAAGGUAGUAGAUUAUAUUGACUUCUACUUCAGAUUGUUGUUUCAUGACUUAAUAGUGCUUUGAACUUGGUGUAUUUUUCCCCUUGUUUGACCUCUAGGAGUUCUGUCUUUGUUUUACACAGAAAUAAAAUAGAAAUUUUAAAAUAGAAAA